UUCACACUGGAUCCAAACACAGUAAAUAAAAACCUCCGUCUGUCUGAGGAGAACAAAGUGGUGACCUGCAGUAGAACAUCACAGUCGUAUCCUGAUCAUCCAGAUAGAUUUGAUAAUCACUCUCAGGUUGUGUGUAGAGAGAGUGUGAGUGGACGCUGUUACUGGGAGGUUGAGUUGAGUGGGGAUUAUGGGGUUUAUAUAGCAGUGUCAUAUAAAAGCAUCAGCAGGAAGGGAGAUGGUGAUGAGUGUUGGUUUGGACGUAAUGAUCAGUCCUGGAGUUUAGACUGUUCUUCAUCCAGAUUUUCAUUCAGGCACAAUAACAAAGGGACUGAAAUUCCCAUAAUGCCGAGUUCCUCUAGAAUAGGAGUGUAUGUGGAUUAUGAAGCAGGAACUCUGACCUUCUACAGCGUCUCUGAUACAAUGAAGCUCCUCCACAGAGUUCAGACCACGUUCACUCAGCUCCUCUACCCGGGGUUUUUUCUUUAUUCAGGAUCAGUGAAACUGUCAGAUUGAACAAAUUAAAUGUAACAUUUACAUGAAAGUGUAACAUUAAACUGUUUGAGUGAUUUUAGAAUCUGUGAGGCAGUGAUACAUUUAUGAAGAUUUUCUUUUUCAAUUUAUUAAUCACUAUUUAUUCAGUGCUGUGAAAAAGUAUUUACCCCCUUUCCUGAUUUCUUCUUUUCUUGAAUAUUUAUCAUCUAAAUGGAUUCAAAUAUUAAAACUAAAUUAAAUAAAAGACAAGCUGAAUAUUUAAAAACAUAAAAGAGAAAAUGUGUGUACAUUACAAAAUGGUAAAUGUGAUCAUUUUCACCUCAAACUUCUUUCUUCUCAAGUCUAUUACACUCCCCAAAUCAGAAAAAGUUGAGACAGUAUGAAAAAUGCAAAUAAAAUAAUGCAAAUACUAUUAAAAAGAAUAAAAAAUACAUUAAUAAUAAUAAUAAUAAAGUCACAAAUCUGUACCUAUUGAACAAGAUGUAAUGUAUUUCUAGCACCACUAGAUGAGGAUGAUGAUCUCCACAUGAUUAUAAACUCCACUUUAAAAGUCAGUUAAACAGUAAAGAUUGUAAUUUGGCUUUUUUAAGUUUAGCUAAUAAUAAAUUCAGAACAAGGAGACCUUUGAUUUUCAAAGGCAGUUAAACAAAGUUACUUGCUGAUAUCGGUGGUAAUAUUUUGUAAUAUUUAUUUGUUCUUUCCUAUGUACCAGAAAAGUCGUCUUUGCUGCCUGCAACACCUUACAAAUCACAUUUUUUCUUGCUGAUGUGAUGUUGUAUUGAAACCAAAAUAAAUUAAUAAAUAAAUAAAUUACAGCUUGUUGCUUGGGUACAGAUUUGUGACAUUCUUAUUAUUAUUGCUAUUAUUAUUAUUAUUAUUUUAUUUUUUUAAUUAUUAAAUGUUCCUGUUGGGUUUGUUGUUAUUUUUUUGAAAACUGUUCAUGUUUUGAAGUGUAAAACCAUAAACAGCACCAUCUAUAAAUAAAUGAAUCUUGUGCUUCCACUUGAGAUUUUUGUUUACGUGAACAAUGUCUGAAAUUUGACGAGCUUGAUUAGUUUGUAAUAUGUGUUAAGAUGAUGAAUGAACAUAAAUGUUAAUUACUUAUUUGGUUAUUUUAGUUUCAAUACAAUGUAAACUUUCAAGAUAAAGAAAGCAAAAAUAAAAAUGUCCCAAGUGUUUUUGUAACGUGUUGUAGACCUGAUUUGUGACUGUUUUUGGUAUACAGGAAAGAAAAGGCCGAAUGCAUGUGAAAAUGUUUUAAGGUUGUUGUGUUGUGCAGUUUAACCAUUGUGUUAUUACAACAACCCAAAUGUGAGGUUCUUUCUUUACAAUGGAUCAACUAUGUAACUUUACUGCAGCUUGUAUUUAAAUAAAAGGUUUACAUUGCUGUCUUCAGGAUUUCCUCUAUAGUGAUAUUUCAUGUUAAUAGCUGUUCUGAUCUAAAAGAUGCUGCUGCCUUUGACCUGUAAAACUGAGAAGUGAUUUGUGAGAUAAUUAAAAUAAGUGAAAUGUU